AUGACGAUCCUCCUCCACUAUGUUCAGUACUUACUGCAGAUUCCUGUUGAGGGACGACUGAUGAGUAGGACUUCUGCGCAGCUUGACCAUCCGGAGGUGGGUUUGUGUGCGCUUCUUGGGAUGAACUCGGAGCAGUUGAGUGGUCGUUCGGAGGCCCCUGGAUUUGGUAGUAAGGGUAAGUGGUACGAGAAGGGUGGUUUUCUUGCGGAGAUGGCGUCCAGAUACUUGCAGGUGAACGGGACACAUGUGACAGAGGCGCAAUCGUACUUGUUGUUGAUGUUGAGGUCCACUUUGUUUGUGGACAAGAGUAGAGACAGGGUUCGGCCGGUGGUGAACCUAUUUUUGGACGAGUUGGAGGAGAUAGAUCAGUACAGUUGGGCGUCCGGUACACUUGCUUGGUUGUACAGAUGCCUUGGUCAGGCGUCUCGUGCUGGUGCCAGGGGGUGGCUGGUUGUCUCACACUUCUGCAGUGUUGGAUCUACGAGUACUUUCCGGGUUUCAGGCCAUCUCACUUUGAGCCACCUGUCGUUGGACCUGAUGAGGCUUGGGCUUCACGAUGGAUUGGGCAGCCGGCGACUGGUUCUGUGGCUGAUCCCAGUGUGA